AUGGCCAACGAAGUUGCCUGUGCUGCCUGUAGCUGGUCAACCCAUCGCCAGGAAUCCUGUCGUUAUAAGAGCCACGUGAAGCUCUUCUACGGAGUGAGCGAUCGAGGAGUGUGGUCUGUAGGCUCGAAGUUGAUUAUCAAGGAGCGGUCUGAUGCCCAACCCAACUUCGAAGCUCGAAACGCACGAUUUCUACAAGGCAAUACAACCAUCCCAGUUCCCGACAUCAUCCAAGAAUGGACCGAAAGCGAUUGCUCCUAUUUUUUGGUCAUGAAGCGCAUUCCUGGCGUGCCUCUGAGCGCAGCUUGGCCUGAUUUGUCGGAACCCGAUCGCGAUCGUCUUGCGAGGCAGACUGCCGGAUAUCUGGCUCAACUUCGAAAGCUAAACUCGUCCCAAUUGCAGAGUCUUCAUGACCAGCCUCUGUAUUCUGCUUUUUUGUUUCGAAAUGGGUUCGGUCUUCCGCACGGCCCUCUCAGCUCGGAUGAUCAACUCUGGCAAGAGAUGGCAAAGGCAUUACAAGGAAUCCCUGACAAAGCCCGUCAUCGUUUGCGAAGCCGGAUGCCCCCUGCGGCACCAUACACAUUUACACAUGGGGAUUUGACGACCGACAACGUCAUGGUUGAAGAUGGGAACGUGUCAGGCAUUAUUGAUUGGGAGGCGAGUGGUUAUUUCCCAGUGUGGUGGGAGUUCGCCUCCACAAGGAUUAGCCAGGGACAGGAUGACCGAGACUGGAAGGCCUUGCUUCGGAAACACAUGGAGGACCAUACGGAUGCUUGCGAGUUCUGGUUGGAUUACUAUGCUCUGUCAAGCUAUCCUAACUUGGACGAACGUGGUGUGAACUUGCUCAAAGAGCUAGAGCUAGAUAAUGAGGGAAGCAGUACUUAG